AAAUGGAGAAACUUUUAAUCUGCCCGGUUCUUCUCUUCUUCUCGACAAUCUUUUUCCCCAAAACUUUCUUUAUAAAAACAGCUAAAACUCACCAUUGAAGGAACCCCAAAUGGACCAAGUGGUAGAGGAAGUGGAAAACGUGAAGAAAGAGUUCCAAGAAACAUACAAACAGAUUCAAGAAACCAUCAAAUCCAUUAACGAAUAUGGCAAAUCAAGAUUAGUUUCUGAAGAGAAAAGUUCACUUCCAAGAUUGAAUGGUGUUGCUCAAGAUGGGAUGAAUUUGCUUCAAUCACUUCAAUUCCAGAUUGAUCUCUUAGCCCCACAACUCCCUUCAGAUGAUCAAGUUGAAAAGGCUCAAUCUUUGGCCCAAUCUUGGAAAACCCAAAUUCAAAGCUUGAGAUUGAGUUUAAGAAAUGCUAAUUUACAAGCAAAGGCAAACAUGAGGAAAGCUGCUCAAGAAGAGAGGGAGCUUCUCUUGGGAGGUGGAGAAGAAUCUACAGUUCGCAGACGAAAUCUACAGACAAAAGCUGGAAUGACAUCUGCAGCUGAAAGCAUUACGGAGAGCCUGCGCCGCACUCGCCAACUUAUGGUUCAGGAAGUUGAAAGAAGUGCAAGCACUCUAAUGACAGUUGAUGAAUCAACAGGGGUAUUAAAGAAAGCCGAGAGUGAAUACAAGGGCCACCGCUCCUUGCUAACGCGAACCCGAAACCUUCUGUCCACAAUGCAACGGCAGGACAUUCUUGACAGGGUGAUACUGGUGGUUGGAUUUAUUAUUUUCUCCUUGGCCGUUCUUUACGUGGUUUCAAAGCGUAUUGGGCUGCUCAAGUUGCAGCGUAAGCUCAUUGAGGUUGUGAAGUCCGGUACAGCUGGACAGGUGGAGAUAUUACCUGGAGCUGCUAGACAAGGUGCAAAUGUUGCUCAGGUUCAGAUGAAUCCUGUACCCGAGUUAAAUGUACCCUUAGAACAAGCAAUGCAUGAUGAACUUUGAAUUCCCUUUAGCUUUGUACAUUUUCUUUGUUGCAUGCGAUUUCAUAUAUGAAGCUCCAUAUCUUGGUUACAGCCUUACAUCUUAUAUUCUUUGCAUUUACUCUGUACUCCAUCGAUUUUAUAUUUUCGAUCUUGGUAUUUUAGACACAGAUAAACAGUAUAUGUCUAGUAACUUUCAGAGAAUGCAUAUACAAUAUUGUUUGUGUUCUUGCA